AUGGCGGGCGGCGCGGGGCUCCCUCCUCGGCGGCGGCGGCAGCUGAAGAGGCGCCGGGGGCCGCAGGCCGGAAGUCCCGCCUCCCCAGCCGGAUCUGCCGUGUGGCAGCUCUCCGUUGGGCGCCGUGACGCGCGUCACGCCAGCCGCGGCCAAUUGCCUGCCGACAGGGGCUUCCACCACAACCUCAGCUGGGACGCCCGCGGCCUGGGCUUCGCGGCCGGGGUGCUCCCUGCUCCGCCGCCCCUCCCCGGCUGCCUCCAGCCUGUCCCCCGGGCAGCAGCUUCUGUGCCCCAGGGCCAGCCCUCGCUCCUGCCCCCUGUUCUGGAGGCUGUGUGCAAUGACAGUGUCCCCGGGCUGCCGGGUGUCUCCAACUUCACGGUCUACCUCUACUGCAACCUCUUCAACAGCUCCCGGGGCUCCAGCCAGCGCCUGGGGGACCUGGGGGCUGCCUGCUCCAAUGCAGCCUGGUACCUCUCUGCGGGUGAGGGAGGCUCAGCAUGGGCCCGGGCCUGCCGGGAGCGCUACCCUGCCCAGUUCAACAGCACUGUCUGCAGCAACACCUCCUUGAGGGAGACCCCUGGGCCCCAGCAGGUCCUGCUGGAGCAGCUCUGUGCCGACCUGGCCCGGGGCCUGGCAGGGGCCCGGCCCCCCAGCCGCAGCGCCUGCCCGCUGGGUGCGCGCUGGGAGGACGCCUGGAGCUGCUUCCUGGGAAGCCACGUGCUCUGGGGCGCCCGGCUCUGCGGCAGCGGGAGCCGCGAGUUGCUGCCCACUGACCUCCGGGCCUGGCUCUCCCAGCUGUGUGGCGGUCCCCAGCCCCAGGCACAGAUGCCCAACGCCUCAGAGCCUGGGGGCACAGACCCCUGCUCCUUCAGGGCCCAGAGCCUGUGGGCACGGGGGAACACUGGCCUCUUGGAGCUGUGCAGGACUGUGCCUCCCAGCUGCUUCCAGGAGCUGGUGUGCACCAAUGCCUCCCUCCUGCAGCUGCUGGGGCAUCCCCAGCCUGUGGUGGGGGUGCACUGUCAGGGUGCCCUGCCUGGGGGACACUGCCUGCUGAAGCAGCUCCUGGCGCUCCUGCCCCUGCACCCCAGGCUGGACGCUACAGAGCUCUGCCCAGACCCGGCUGCCUACCUACUGGGGCUGGCCUCGCAGCUCCCACAGUGCGAGGAGGAGGCUCCAGGCUGGGCCCCCCACGUGAACUACCUCCUGCGCCUGCUUGACCGGAGCCUGGCCCUCUCCAGACGAGAGGAGGCUGGGCAGGCGGCUGGGGAGCAGCUGAGCGACGCCAUCCUCCUCUCCAGUCUCCUGGACAACACAUCCUUCUGGGGUUUGCUCAGGGUGAACGCAUCUAGAGUCAUCCUGCGAGCUGUGGGCCAGUACCUGGGGUGGGAGCACAGGGCGUCAGCCAAGAGGGAGCUGCUGAGCUGCUUUAGUGCUGUGCUCUGGGACCUGCUCCAGGACAGCGAGGGUGCUCCCGCCUUGGACAUCCUGGCGCAGGAGUAUCUGCAGAUGCCAGAGGAGAGCUUCCAGGGACUGCUGCUCACGGCGGGGCCCGAGGCUGUGCAGCGCUUCCUGGCCCUGCUGCACCGCUCCUGGCACCGGCUGCGCGGGGAGGUGGUGCCGUCACCCACGUCCGGGGAGGAGGCGCUGCCGUUGCUGGCCGUGCUGCUGCUCCGUGGAUUGCCCCAUCUCACCCCCCAGCUGUUUGUCAGCCUGUCGCAGUUCAUCCCCUUCCUGGCAGUGUCUGACAUCGCGAGGCUUCCGCUGGCCCUCCUGGCCAACGAGAGCGUCCUCGCCGCCCUGCGGACUCACAGCGCCCGCCUGACACAGGGGCAGAAGGCCGCCUUUGCCAGGCGCCUGCUGCAGGCCCCCUUCCUCGGGGCUGUGCCCACGUGGCCCCUCGGCUUCCUUCGUGCCAUCCUGCCGCUGCUGCCCCACUUGCCGCUGCACUGCUUCCUGCAGCUCACUCCCCAGCAGAUCUGGGGGCUGGGGGAUGGCUGGCAGCUGCUGCGGCUGGGGCUGGUGCAGGGCCGCCAUGUAGCAGGCAGCCUGGCAAACAGGAGCCAUGCAGCUGGCCCCGAGCCCGGGCACAGGCUGGGGACCCUUGCCUGCUUCUUGAGCCCUGAGGACCUGCAGGACCUGGCAUGGCUGCGGGACCCCCGGGGGGCAGUGGAGCAGAGCCUGCUGGCGUGUGCAGCCGCAGGGACCCUACAGCAGCACGGGCGGGUCAUGCUCGCCCUGGCAGACUUGCUGCGCUCCACCAGCCUGGCCAUGGUGAGCCCUGGGGAGCUGCCAGCAUGGAGGGGCGUCCUCCCUGAGAUGGGAGUGGGCUUCCUGCAGCACCUGUCAGCUGCCCAGCUGAAUGCCCUCCUGCCCCAGCUGCGGCCAAUGCAUCUGACGCGUGCCCAGGUGACAGCAGGGGAAGCAGCCAGGCUGUGUCCCCUCCUGCCAGGCCUGGGACCCACGUUGCUGGCAGCCGUCCUGGCCCCACUCCGGGUCCAAGGCUGCGCAUGCCUGGGGCCAGCCCUACCCCUGCUCUCAGCGGCGCAGACGGCAUCCCUGCUGCAGGCUCUGCAGCCCCCAGACGGCUGGCCCCACUGCCUCCUGCCCCUGCUGCCCCUCCAGCUCCUGCGUCGUGGUGCCCAGGCUUUUCGGGGGGCUCUGUGGGACCUGAACCUGCCCUGGUCCCCGCAGCAGGCCCAGCUCCUCUGGAGAGAGGUGGGAGCCAGCACUAACCGCAGCCACCACACUGCUGGUGCCCUGGGCUCGCUGGUGGUGGGCAUGAGCUGCAUGGCACUGCAGGAGCUGGGCCAGCAGGAUUUCCUGGGGGCUCUCCGGACCCUCUAUGUGCAGCCUCGCUCCCUGCCUGCCAGCCUGAGGCGCUGCGUGCAGGAGGAGGUGCUCAGGCGUCCUGCGCUCUCCGAGGAGGAGAUGGCAUGGCUGGGACCUCGGUUCCUCAUGGAGUUGCCGGCAAAGCUGGUGGAGAUGCUGCCUGAUGCCAUGAUGCGGCUGGUUCUGGACCAUGCAAUCCGCCAGCCCCGCAGCCUGCUGGCCCUGCCGGCUACCCGCCGGGCAGCCCUGGCCCGUGGGGCCCUGCACUCCCUGCGGCUCCCAGCAGGGACAGAGCUGGGUGGGGAGGACCUGGACCGGCUGGGCCCACUGGUAGGGUUCCUGGGCCGGGAGACUGUGGCCCGUGUCCAGCCUCAGAGCCUGCUGCCACGGCUGGGGGACCUGCAGGACACCUGCCUGGCUGCGGAAGCGGGUGCCGAGCUGGGGCGGCUGCUGCUGUCGGAGCAGGCGCUGGGGACCCCGCCAAGCUGGCGCCUGCCCACCCUGCAGCAGCUGGGGCGCCUGGUCUUCCUGCUGCCCCUCAAGAGCCUGCGUGCCAUCCCCCGGGACUUGCUGAGCAGAGACACGGUGGAGCAGCUGCUGCAGAGCCAGCGGGACUGGGAGCAGAGCGAGCUGGGACGCCUCUGCCACCCCCCUGGCACCCUGGGUGAGGGUCCCAGCCCGCAGGAAGUGCUGGUGGCCCCGCUGGUGGCAGCUGCCGGGCCAGGGGAGCAAGCCCCUGUGCCCAGCUGUGCCGACAUGCGUGCCACCUUCCCUGCGGUGUGGAGUGCAGCCCAGCUGGCCGCCAUGGCCCCCCAGCAGCUGGAGGGCUGCCUGGGGCUGCUCAGCCAGGACACAGCACUGCGCCCCGACCAGCUCCGGGCUGUCCUGGGCCAGGCCCAGCGGCGCUGGGUUGGGGGCUGCUGGCAACUUGUGGAGCUGCUGGUGCUGCAGCUGUGGGGCAGCACCGGGACGCUGGAGCCAGCCCAGACCCUGCGCCUGGGCCGGCUGGCCACCCAGCUGGGCGAGCCGGAGCUGCGGGAGCUGCUGCUUCCUGACUGGGGGGCCCUCUCUGCCCUGGGGGAGCUGGACAGCUGGUCACCCGAGCAGAUGCGGGCCGUGGUGUCCGCCUUCCUGCGGCAGCGUGGGGUGAGCGCCCAGGACCUGGGGCUGCCUGAGCUGGUGGCACUGGGGCACCUGAUCUGCGGGCUGUCAGCAGCUGAGCUGCGGGGCCUGGACAGCCAGGAGCUCAGCAAAGCUGCUCCUUUCCUGGGCUCGCUGAGCCUGCGCUGCACGGAGCAGCAGGUGGAGGUGCUGGCUGCCCACCUGACCUCCAGUGCUGCCUUCGGCCCGGCUGCCACCUGGGGACCCGAAAUCUUCGCAGAGGUCGGAACGCUGGCAGCUGGGCUCCCCGACAUCGUCCUCUCUGCACUGGUCCCUGAGCAGAUCUGGGCCCUCACGCCCCGGGCCAUCGCUGCUGUCCCGGCACCCAAGUUCGCAGUGGUGUUUGGCCCAGCUCAGCUGCGCACCCUCUCCAGCACCCAGGCCGCGGCUGUCACCCUGGGGCAGCGCCAGUGGCUCAGCAGCACCCAGUGCCAGGCCCUGGCCAGUGCUCAGCAUGAGGGACAGGCUGCCCAGGACAGCCAAGGCAGGAGUGGAGACAGGCCCCAGUCUGGCUUCAGCUUGGUUCUCCUCCUCUGCCUGACCCGCUGCUUUCUGUGA